GCUUUGUGGACAGCGAGAGCGAUAGAGCAAGAGAGCAGGAGAGCAGGAGAGGAGAGGAGUGCGGAGCGCUGAGCAGAGCGAGUGACGACGAACAAGAGAAAUUGCCCGCCCUGGCGUGAGGACAGCAGAGAUCAGAGGGGGGGUCUGAGAGAGCCACAGAGUACACCGCCGGAGCUGCUGCUGUUGCUGCUGCUGCUGUCACCUCGUUGUUGCUGUCGCUUUUUUCAAUCCUCGGGAGAGGAGGAGAGGAGCGCUGGGGUGUGAGGGUGUGCAUAUCGACGAAGGACAACUCCAAGCAAGAGGAGGAGGAGGAGGAGGAGGAGGAGGGGUGAGAAGAGACUGGGGAGGAGCAAAAAUCCUUUGACUGACAGACAGGAGAGGAGGAGCAGAGAGGAGAGGAGGAGCACAGAGAGGGCAAGUUGAUGAAUGUGAUUUGGAGAGAGAUGGAAGGGGAGUAAAAGAAAAGGCGGGGGGAUCGCUGCACUCAUCAGAAAGGACACCAGCUCAGCCUCCGGCUAAGUGGCAGACCGAGGGGAAAAUAACAACAAGAAGAAAUAAAUAGACAACAAGAAAGAUGAUUGCUUAACGACAAGUUUUUCUUUUAAAAAAUAAAACAAAACAGAAGAGCGGACGACUCAUAUCUGCGAGGAGAAAUGGCUGAGAGUCGGGAGGUAUGAGGAGACGGAGGAACCGUGCGAACAGAGGGAAGACAGUGAAGUGGUGAAGAGAGGAACGGAGAGGAGAGGAGAGGAGAGGAGAGGAGAAAGGAGGGUGAAUGAGAGCCUUGGCUGACGGAGAGCAUUAGCGAUGCGUGGAUGCGUAGGUUAGUGGUCUGCAUGGAAACAGCAGGUUGCAGAGUUGCUGGGUCAGUGGUGUUCAGGGCUCCAGAUAGAGUCUCUUCAACAUCCCUGGGGGCCGCCGCAGAGGAGCAGAGCCCAGAGCAACAACCGCCACACAAAGCAUCCGCAAGCAGCCUCCCUUUCAAGUUCGUCUGGACUGGAUAACUCUUCUUUUCUAUUCCUGGUUCUAGCCUUUCCUCGCACCCCUCUUUUUUCUGUAGCUUUUUCUUUUUCCCUCUCACUCAUUCUCUCUUUCCUCAGUCUUUUAACAGAUUCAUAUUUCCUCUUUUCUUUACAAAAGCCUGUCUGUCUGUCUCUCCCUCCCUUUGUUCUUCUUGGUGCUGCUGCUAAGGCACUAUAUUUGGCUAAGAAUGGGGUGGACUGGCAGCUGGUCUGACUCUGGGCAAUGUGGAAAUGAGAAAAGUCAAAAAUAGCACUCAAGAGCAACAAGUCAUUGGGAAAUCCAUAAUAAUCUACUUCCAAAUGUCUGGAAGUGGACUUAAAUCCUGACAGUGCAUGCUUGUGAACAGACACUUACAGAGACAUUUAGAAUAGCAGUCAAGGUGCCUAUGACUCCACUUAUGUGUGUUUGAGGGGCUCUGUGUCUGAUCUGCCACACCUUUAACCCAGCGAGCUUGUGGUGGAUUACUGGACCCUGGACCUUCGUCUGUUUCUCUUGGUGCCCCAUGUGGGUCCCAGCCCUGGCGGCCUGGCUGGGAGAUGAAGCCUACCCCUUCCCUUAUUCCUACGCUGCAGUAGGAGGACUGUGGGCAGCCAUGGCUCUGGAGGGCCGCUGUCUCCGAGCCUCGUCCCCAUCCCUGCCGGCCUCUAUGUCCUCCACCGCCUCCCGGAGGCUGCGCCAGCGUUCCCGCAGGCCUGGAGGAGGAGGCGCAGGAGCAGGCGGAGGCCUGUCGAAGCUGAGCGCCACCCUGCUGGCCAGGACUCGACUGCACGGCCUGCGCCACGUGCUGUGGCCGCACGGCGGCUCGUCCGUGCGCCGCGCUCUCUGGCUGCUGGCCCUGUGCAUGUCGGUGGGCCUGCUGAUCUCCUGGUCGUCCAACCGCCUGCUGCACUGGCUCUCCUUCCCCACGUACACGCGCGUCCACGCCGAGUGGGCCAAGGAGCUGCCCUUCCCCACCAUCACUGUGUGCAACAACAACCCCAUACGCCUGCUCAAGCUCACCAAGAGCGACCUGUUCUUCGCCGGACACUGGCUGGGCCUGCUGCUGGCCAACCGGACCGCCCGGCCGCUGGUGCUGGACCUGCUGGCCGAGGAUCGGCAGGCCUGGUUCAGCAAGCUGUCGGACUUUCGCCUCUUCCUGCCACCGCGCCACUUCGAGGGCACCAACUUGGAGUUCAUGGACCGGCUGAGCCAUCAGCUGGAGGACAUGCUGCUGUCCUGCAAGUACCGCGGCGAGCCGUGCGGCCCCCACAACUUCACCACCGUGUUCACCCGCUAUGGGAAGUGCUACAUGUUCAACGGUCCGGAGGAGGGGAAGAGUCUGCGCACCACAAUGAAGGGAGGGACAGGCAACGGCCUGGAGAUCAUGCUGGACAUCCAGCAGGACGAGUACCUGCCCGUGUGGGGGGAGACAGAGGAGACAGCGUUCGAGGCGGGCAUCCGGGUGCAGAUCCACAGCCAGGCCGAGCCUCCCUUCGUGCAUGAGCUGGGGUUCGGCGUGGCGCCUGGCUUCCAGACGUUCGUGGCCACCCAGGAGCAGAGGCUGACGUACCUGCCUCCCCCGUGGGGUGAGUGUGUGUCGCAGCCCCACGACUCGGGCUUCUUCCAGGUGUACAGCGUGACGGCCUGCCGCAUUGAAUGCGAGACUCGCUACAUUGUGGAGAACUGCAACUGCAGGAUGGUGCACAUGCCUGGGGAUUCACCAUACUGCACCCCCGAACAGUACAAGGACUGCGCUGAGCCUGCUCUCGCUGCCUUGUCAGCAGCAGAGAGCAGCAACUGCAUCUGUCGAGCUCCCUGCAACAUGACCCGCUACAACAAGGAGCUCUCCAUGGUCAAAAUCCCUAGCAAGACCUCUGCCCGCUACCUGGAGAAGAAGUUCAACCGUUCGGAGAAGUACAUCACGGAUAAUAUCCUGGUACUGGACGUGUUCUUCGAGGCUCUGAACUAUGAGACCAUCGAGCAGAAGAAGGCCUACGAGGUGGCAGGUCUGCUGGGGGACAUUGGAGGUCAGAUGGGACUGUUCAUUGGUGCAAGCAUACUGACCAUCCUCGAGCUGUUCGACUAUGCUUAUGAGGUGGUGAAGGAGAGAUUGCUGGACCUGCUCAGCCGGGAAGAGGAGGAGGAGAGUCAUGGAGAGGAUGUGAGCACAUGUGACCCCGUGGUGAACCACUCGGAGACCAUCAGCCACACGGUCAGCGUCCCUCUGCAGACCACACUGGGCACCCUGGAGGAGAUCGCCUGCUGAGUGCACCACUUCUCCACACCAGCAGGUGGCACCAGCGCGUACACCCAGACACUCUUCCUCUUCUUCUUCCUCCUCCUCCUCCUCCAUGCAGAUAGGACUGGGUUCUCUGGGAGGGAGAGAGAGAGAGAGAGAGAGAGAGAGAGGAAGAUAGAGAGGAAGAGCAAUGGGAGAGGGAAAAGGACAAAGAUGGUGCCCAGCCCUCCCUGCUUCUUAACAGACUCUCCCAUAAGGACACUCUGACAUAUGGAGCUUCGUUGAGCCUGCAGGAGGUUUGCAGAGGGUCUUUUGGAACCGAGCGGUCAAGCCGUGCCGUUGCUUCACACAUUCACGCAGCCACAAACACGUUUGGUGACCUUCUCAUGGAGCUUAUGAAAACAGUGCCAAACAUUGUGUACAGAAACAUCUAUAAGAUACGGACCAUGAACUAAAUAGACAUACAGUGGAUGUUGAGCAGAACAGAAUCUGUACAGGACAUGAUCUCACACUUCUCAUCUCAAAGUCUACUGCCAUACCUGUUAUAUAAAGAGAAAAGCAAAACAAUGAAAUUGUUGGUAAACUGUCAAAAAUUUGCAUGUGUCAGUUUUUUGGAUACAAUGCAGUUUUCUUGUUCUGAUUGCAUUGGGGCUGAUGUAAUGGUGUAUGUGUAUGAUUUAAGUAUGUGAGUGAGUGUGUCUCUUUGUAUGACGUGUGUCUGUCUGUCUGUCAGCCAUAUGCUGUGCAGUCUCCUUUUGUAAAGGCUCUAGUCUCUAUCCCCACACUCUUACAAGGCUUCUCAUUCUGACACUGUUUUCGUGACAACAAAGGUCAGAGGUCAGUGAGGUUUGAUGGUGGCCAUUUUGUAACGUAGAAAAGAGACGCCUGGCAUUUGCAGUGACAGUCCACCCAACUCUACACAGUUAAGGCUUGUCCAAAAAUGGAGAUGUUUUGUGGCAAAUGGAUUAUAAAGCAAAGCUUUAGUUGUCAGUGUGAUUAUGACAUGUGUGAUGGUAUUUAUUUGCUGUUGAUUAUGCUUUGGGCUUCAAUUUCUUUUUUUUCAGAGAACUUAUUUUCAUUGAAAAAUUUGUAAAAAAAACGAAACAAAAAAAACAAUAACGCUGAAUGUCAAUGAUGUGCAGUCAUUUUACCGUACCAGUUGCCAUGGCACUUAACUGCUUCUGUACUUAAACAUGUGUGACAUUUAAAGCAAGAAACAAAUCGUACUUUUUUUUCUGUGAGUGACAUUAAAACAGUAAUCCCACUGACUGUGAGUGGCAUGUUGAGAGAGCUGCCAUUAAACAGUAACUGUAACCAGUAGCAGAUAGCCUUCAGUGGGCAGCGAUACAGGCCCUCUCCUCCCCUACAUCCCUCCCAAGUCCUCCUAUAGUAUCCCCAUGGCAACAUUUAAAGGCUUUUAUCAUUCUUCUGCAGGCGCGCAGCCAACCCUGUUACAGUGUUUAGCAUCGCUCCCGAGGCAGCACUGUCCUCUCAAGCAGAACCAGAACCAAGUGGAAGUGAUGUAUGCUUAUUUCCUUGUUCAUGUGGAACUCUCAGGAGGAACCAGAACCAAGUAGAAGUGAUGUAAGGGGGGGGGGGGGG